CUCACAAUGCAUCCGUGGCCUGCAGCCGCGUCGUGGCUGCUUUUUCUGGCAGCCAAUGGCACCACGAAGCUCGACUGUUUCUGCACGCACGUCGCCGACGUCUAUUACCAGGGCGGUGGUCUACGCUUUCAGACUGAUGGCGAAGAAAACUUAUGGUUGACCUACUGUGUAUAUCCGAGAGCUUACAAGCUGGAGGCGACGUGCGAGAACGUGGAGCGGCUGUCGGCGGCGGCUCCGGCCGUGGCGCGCCUGCUGCAGCUGCAGAGCCCCGCGGAGGAGAGGGAGAGGGGCUGCGCCGGCGCUCUGGAGCAGGUCCGCGAGUUCUCUGAGGGGGCGGCAGACGAGUUCUCCGUCCAGCAGUGGUGCCUCAUCGCAGACCACCUGGCCGGCUCCUGCUCUGUACUGGGGUAUGAACUUACUACAAGAGACUGA